AUGGCUCAAGAAGACAGCCCAAGCAUCAGCACCAGCACGAGUGCCAGCACUGCAACAAGCGUGCCUGUACCUGCUCCUGCUUCUGCUUCUGCUCCUGCCUCUACCGAGACUACUGCUGCUACAGCUCCCGCGUCUGUUGCGCCUACGCCUACGCCUACGCCUACAGCUACAGCUACAGCUGCUGCGCCUGCAUCCUUACCCGUCCCGGCCUCUGAUGCCAACGACGUCGUCGCUUCCUCGACAACCUCUACUAAUUCUGUCCCUCCCCCGACCACCUCGACCUCACCUCCUCCUCCUCCUCCUCCUCCUCCCUCCGCGACCCCGACCCUCACCUCGACCCCGACUGCCUCUACCGAGACGACGUCCACUGCACCUGCGAACGCGUCCGCGACCGCUUCUGCACCGGCGCCCGUCACUGCGACUGCUCCUCCUGCCUCCGCGCCCGCGCCUGCUCCUUCCGCCGUCGCUCCUGCGCUUCCUACCCACCAGCAGAACGGUGACGCGAGGGCGUCUUCGUCGCCCGCCAUGGCCAACAACCAGCCGCCUGGCCACCCGAGGAGCUACCCGAGCCCGAACAACUUCCCCUCUCCCAUGCCGCAAGGCCAGUACGCCUACCACCAGCCGACCCAGCCUCCUCCCGAUCCCUAUCGAGCCAGCCCUGGCGCGCCUGUUCCCUCUCUCCCGAGCAUGAAGAGUCUCGAUCACCACUACCCCUCGGCCGCGCCGCAGCACCAGCCUAUGCCCAUGCAGAUGCCAAUGGCUCCCAACGCCGGCAUGCCCUACUACCUGCCCCCGGGCGUCCAAAAUCCAUACUUGGCGCAGGAUAUGAACAGCAUGCGCUAUGCCCUCCCGCCAGGCCACCACCACGAUCCUAGACUGAUGCGUGGUCCCGGAGGCCCCAAGAAGGAGAUUAAGCGCCGGACGAAGACGGGUUGCUUGACGUGUCGCAAGCGUCGCAUCAAGUGCGACGAGGCGCAUCCCACUUGCAACAACUGCAAGAAGUCCAAGCGCGAGUGCUUGGGUUACGACCCAAUCUUCAAGCAGCAGCCUGGUCCUUCCGCCAUCCAGCCCGCGCCCAACACCCAGCGCGUGCCGACCCCGACCAUCCCGUCCGUGCCUUCGUCCGUCCCUCCGACGGUUCCCACCGUUCCGUCGACGCCCGCCGCCCCGGCUCCCGUGUCCGUCGCCUCGUCCAACCCCUACGGCAACCAGCCCGCGGUCCUCCCCAGCUCAUAUAACGCCACCGUCGCAUCCUCUCACGCACCCCUGGAUCCUGCUCUGUCCUCAGCAGCAUCAAGCGUCAAGGCUGAGCCGAACCCGUACGAUUUCGCGGCCCCGAUAGAUCCGGCUCUGCAAAGUCUACCCGCUCAGGCCACCAUCUCUUCGACGCAUCAUCAGCCGUUCUCGGCCGAGCAAAGGGCAGGCUUCGACAACCAUCUCAGAGUUACAAAGAUGAAAAUCGAUGAGCUUAUCGGCCUCCUGGGCCCUGCUGCUCCCACCCAGGAGAUCGCCCUCACCCCGGAGAUUUUCGGCGAAAUCAUCAGCAUUUACAACGAGGUGUACGCCGUCGGCCUGCAAUCGUUCUUCGAAACCAACUGGUUCCAUGCCAAGGAUGCUCAAGGCAAAUUCGCUCUCGAGCACAACCAGCCAAUCAUCAGCCAAUUCGCAUCCUUUGUCAAAGUCCUUCAGGCCGUCCCCGCCAAUGACCACACUCAGAUGGCCCAUUCUGGAGUUCUCGAGGCCCGGUUGAUCUGGGCCCUCGCCAGUAUGCCAUGCAGCGGUGCUACCAUGACGGCCAACACGGAUGCGAAGUUCUUGCCCUCUCCUGAGGAUCUGACGGAAGCUGCCAACAGAGUCAGGGUUUUCGAGACCCUUCUCUCCGGCGACUUCCUGCCCUCCAACCCCCUCGCACCUCCCGUCCCCGACGCCAACCCCCAUCGCCAGCAGGAAUUUGAGUUUUGGCACAACCUCGCCCAGUACCUGUGCCAUCAUGAUGCCGUCAAGCGCGACGAAAUCCUUGGUAAUCUCCGGCUGCAACUGGGUGGCAGAGAAAACCGCGAUCUCAUCUACUCGAUUGCCAUCUCCCGCGAGAUCUCCCCGAGGGUUGAACCCGGCUUCGAGAGGAAUAUUCCCCAGCACAUGGACGAGUCCGACCCUAAGAACCGGCUUUACGUGGCGAACAAGUUUAUUCAAGAUGAGGCGCAGGUCACAGGAGGAACGACAAAUAUUGUCCGACGUUUCAGUGAGAUCGCCGUUCGAUCUUUCAUCAGCCCGGGUGUCAACAUUGCGAGGGGCUCAGCCAUCCCAGGACAGCAAUAA